CAGCUAAAUAAAAGUUUAUUCUGCUUGAAUCUGUCGAAUAAGUAUAUCAUAAAUAUUAACUAUAGCGACAUCUAACGCUCAUCAUUGUGUACUGAUAAGUUCUUUGGUUUAUUGUGUCAAACUGUCAUCGUGUAUAAUUCAGUAAUAGUGCUGUUCAUCGUAGUUCAAUUGUUAGCUACAGUUCAGGCGUUCACUUUGAUAAGUGCUAGUUCAAUUGAACUGAAGUACAAACAGUUUUUCAAGUCUUAAAGAAAACAAAUAAACAACAAUGGAGCUGGAAAAUGUAAAAUCUGAGGGCAGCGAACCACCAGCUUAUACACCAAACGAUGAAACGAUGAAUUCACAGAAUCCCAUUGUUCAACAGCCUGGCUCUACCGGCGGAGUAGGAGAGGAUUGGAUGAGCAUACCUGUGGGCAUUUCGAGCUGUGCGCCUGGAUUGGAGUAUCUUGCAAGUGUCGAUCAGCUUUUAAUUAAUCAAAAAGCGAUGACGCUCGGUCAUAAAUAUACAGUAAAAAAUGCGCUGGGCCAGAAAGUCUAUUUUGCCACUGAGCAAACAAGUGUCUUUACCCAAAGCUAUGGCGGCAAAGAUCGUCACAUUGAUAUAAGAAUAUGCGAUAAUUUUGACAAUGAAGUUAUACAAGUGUACCGCCCAGACGAUUGCUGUGCUGGCUGCUGCGAAAUGCCACCCGUCGAAGUUUCCGCGCCACCAGGCAACGUCAUUGGUCGUAUCCGGAAAACGAAUACGCUUAUGACUCCUAUAUUUCACAUAGAGAACCACGCUGGCGACACAAUGCUACGCAUUGAAGGUCCGCCAAUACUAAAAUUCAAUGUAAAUUUUGAUAUACUUACACCGGGAGGCGAAAACAUUGGCAAGAUAUCCAAGCAGUGGUCUGGCCUGGCACGUGAACUCUUUACAGAUGCGGAAUUCUUUGGCAUUUCGUUUCCACUCGACUUGGAUGUCUCCACGAAAGCGACUCUACUAGGUGCCACUUUCUUGAUUGACUUCUUUUACUUUUCGGAACAUUGAUUCGCCUUGCAUCCUUCCCCAAAUAAUUGUGUAUAUAAUGUAUAAACCAAAAGUGCAUUAGAUAUUAACCAAAGAUGCCAAAUAUUAGUAAAUUUUA